AACUUUUUUUGUUAUUCAAACCAAUUGUGUGCCAAAUGUUUAGUAAUUAUUAUUAAAGUCUAACUUAUUAUUAGUAAAUUAAAUAUUAAUUAUAAUUAGUAUUGAAUUAAGUAUUAAAUGGAUUAUUACGAGGAAUAUAGCGAUUAUUUGAACCAAUUUAUUGAAAACGACUAUGUGGAUGUGAUGGACAAUGAAGACAAUUACGAUGUCUUCAAUGACUGCGUAUUUCCGACUCUUAACGACGGAAUCAAUAAGUUUUUGGCUCCGAUUGUCGUUUCAAAUGUCAUUUUAAAGUUUGUCACACUUUUCAUCAAUAAAUUGAUUGUUAAACAGUUAUUAACGAUAGCGACGGGACUUUUACUACUAUUUUAUCAUUUUUACGACGAUUUAAAAUUGUUUGUCAUUUUAUGUGCCUUUAUAUCGACCGGUGCUGUGAUGUCACUGAUGUCUGCAAAACAUAAGACCAAACUUUGGAUGUUUUCAAUUGGUUUGAUUUGUAUUAAUGAAUCAAUUGUUUGGUUAAAUCCACACUUUAUUCGUCUUCGUUCACAUCAAAUGCUUUUAGUUAUGAAAAUUAUUUCAUUUAAUUCAAUGAUUAAUCAAAUGCAAGACAACAGUGGAAAAGAUUUGCCAAUAAUUGGAUCAUUGAUAUCAUCUCUUAAUUAUAUAUUACAUCCAUUAUCUUCUUUAUUGGGUGUUUGGCAUCCCUUUGAAGUGGAGAAGACUAACAAAUCAUUAAAAAUAGCAAUAAUUGAAUGCAUUUAUUAUCUGUUAAUAUCAGUAAUGUUUUUAUUAUUGUCGACGUGUUUAAUACAUUACUAUAUCGGCCAACGAUUUAUUUCAUACAUUGUUAUAUCAUUGACAGCAUUAUUACCCCUGACUUUCAUAUACUUAAUAGAAAUUUGUUUAACUGUUUAUAUAACAGCACUUCAGUUCAGAUUUUCUCAUUAUUUUAUAUGUUUUGCCACACAAUCUAUGCUUCAGUUAUGGAAUUCAGAUAUUGGCGUAACAAAUGUGAUGUCAAUAGAAAUGCCGCGAUCUUUGGUUUCAGUGGUGAUUGCGUGGAAUAUUCCGAUGCAUUUGUGGCUACAUUCGAAUGUAUUUCUUCCGUCCAAAAGAAGUUUUGGUGCAUUUAAAGCAAUUUUUAUAACAUAUAUCAUCAGUUCCUUUCUUCACGGAUUUAAUUUUCAGAUAUGGAGUGUUCUCUUGAGUUUAGGAUUGUUAACCAAAAUUGAGUACGAAUUAAGACAAGAAUUGUCUAAAAUCUUUAGCGCAUGUAUUCAUGUUAGGCGUUGUCACUAUAAAGAGUUGUCUACUAAUGGUACCACUCAUGAGACCAAUAAAUACCAAUCUAUUAUCAAAUUUUGGAAUUUCUUGAGUUUUAAAUCAAAAAGAAAAGUCUGUGACAACAAAUGGCAUCACAGAUACACUGAAUACAACUGCAAAUGGGUUUCAGUGGUCAACAUAUUGUUUGCAUGUCUGGCUGUCUCUCAUCUCGCAUAUCUUGGAUCUACAUUUGAUGGCAAAGAAGAGUCGUCAUUUGUUUCAAAUGUGAUAUCUGUUUGGAGUGAAUUGAAAUAUUUUUCUCAUAUAACCGCUUUAAUUACAUUUAUCAUAUAUUUU